AUGGAAAUGCAGGAUCUAGCCAGUCCUCACAGCCGUGUAAGUGGAAGCAGUGAAUCUCCUAAUGGUCCCAACCUCGACAACUCCCACAUCAAUAACAAUUCCAUGACACCCAAUGGCACUGAAGGUGAUAACAUCACAAUGCUUACCACUGCAGACUGGUUGUUAGGUUCUAACUCACAGUCCGCUGCAGUUAAAACCGAGCCAAUGAGCAGCAGCGAAAUCGCCACCUCGGUAGCAGACACCUCUCUAGACAGCUUCUCAGGAUCAGCUAUUGGAACCAGUGGCUUCAGCCCAAGACAAACUCACCAGUUCUCUCCACAGAUUUACCCUUCCAACAGAACAUAUCCACAUAUUCUUCCUACCCCUUCAUCCCAAAAUAUGGCUGCGUAUGGGCAGACACAGUACACCACAGGAAUGCAGCAGGCCGCAGCUUAUGCUAGCUACCCCCAGCCUGGCCAGCCCUAUGGCAUUCCAGCCUAUGGCAUAAAAACAGAGGGGGGUCUGAGCCAGUCUCAAUCCCCAGGACAGACGGGCUUCCUAAGCUACAGCUCUGGCUUCACCACGCCGCAGACAGGACAGGCUCCCUACAGCUACCAGAUGCAGGGUGGUACUUUCACAACAACGUCAGGAUUGUAUGCAGGAAACAAUUCCCUGACGAACUCAACUGGCUUCAAUAGCGCACAACAGGAGUACCCCAGUUAUCCAUCCUUUGGACAGGGCCAGUAUGCUCAGUAUUACAACAGCUCACCCUACACUUCACCCUACAUGACAAGUAACAACACCAGCCCCAGCACACCCUCCACCACCACCACCUACACCCUCCAGGAGCCACCUGCUGCCAUCACCAGCCAGGCCCUCACAGAAAAUCCUGCAGCAGAGUACAGUACCAUCCACAGUCCAUCAACCCCCAUUAAAGAUUCAGAUUCGGAUCGAUUGCGCCGGGCCUCAGAUGGAAAGUCACGUGGCCGGGGAAGAAGGAACAACAACCCAUCACCGCCGCCUGACUCCGACCUUGAGCGAGUUUUCAUCUGGGACCUGGAUGAAACAAUCAUCGUUUUCCAUUCCUUGCUUACGGGUUCUUAUGCCAACAGAUAUGGACGGGACCCUCCAACAUCUGUUUCAUUAGGCCUGAGGAUGGAAGAAAUGAUCUUCAACUUGGCCGACACACACCUAUUCUUUAACGACUUAGAGGAAUGUGACCAGGUACAUAUCGACGAUGUGUCCUCAGAUGACAACGGCCAGGAUCUAAGUACGUAUAACUUCAGCGCUGACGGUUUCCAUGCAGCAGCAACCAGUGCCAACCUAUGUCUGGCCACAGGUGUGAGGGGAGGAGUGGACUGGAUGAGAAAGUUGGCCUUCCGCUACAGACGAGUAAAAGAAAUCUACACCACCUACAAAAAUAACGUCGGAGGUCUGCUGGGCCCAGCCAAAAGGGAAGCCUGGUUGCAAUUGCGAGCAGAAAUUGAAGCCUUGACGGACUCCUGGUUAACACUGGCACUGAAAGCACUAACAUUAAUCCACUCAAGGUCAAACUGUGUGAAUAUCCUGGUGACCACCACGCAGCUCAUCCCUGCCCUGGCUAAGGUCCUGCUCUACGGCCUGGGAAUAGUCUUUCCUAUCGAGAAUAUUUAUAGUGCAACCAAAAUAGGAAAGGAGAGCUGCUUUGAGAGAGUAAUUCAAAGGUUCGGGAGGAAAGUUGUUUACAUUGUUGUUGGCGAUGGUGUGGAAGAGGAGCAAGGCUCAAAAAAGCACAACAUGCCCUUCUGGAGGAUCUCCAGCCAUUCAGACCUCAUGGCCCUCCACCACGCUCUAGACCUGGAAUACUUGUAG